AUGUCCGACGGAGGCCUCUUGAAGCCGGAGAAAGAUUUCUCGAAGGAUGCUGACAAGCUGAUCCCAGAAGCAGAGCAGCUAGCAAAGUCCGAUGUUGAAGCUGCCAUCGAUAAGCUCCUGGUUCUGGAGAAGCAAGCACGACAGGCUUCUGAUCUCGCUACUACUUCACGGAUUCUUGUGACCAUUGUCACAAUCUGCAAAGACUCGGGCAACUGGAAUCUCCUCAAUGACCAAGUGCUCCUGCUCUCCAAGAAACAUGGACAACUCAAACAGGCGACAACGAGGAUGGUUCAGACGGUGAUGAAGUUUUUGGAUGAGACACCUAGCAUGGAUGUGAAGUUGUCUGUGAUCGAGACGCUGCGAACCGUGACCGAAGGCAAGAUUUUCGUCGAAGUAGAGAGGGCUCGUGUAACACGGAUUUUGUCGAACAUUAAGAAAUCACAGGGUGACGUCAAUGCUGCCGCCGACAUUCUUUGCGAGUUGCAAGUGGAAACCUUCGGUUCCAUGACGAGACGUGAGAAGACGGAGUUUAUCUUGGAGCAGGUUGCUCUUUGUAUAGAACGUGGUGAUUGGUCACAAGCUGCGAUCUUGAGUCGCAAGAUCAGUAAAAAAUACUUCGCACGCAAGCCAAAGAAGUCAGCAGAGGAAAUUGAAAAGCUCAAGAAGACGGCUGAGGAAAGAGAAAAGACACGGGCUCCCGAUGAACCUCCCAUGGAAGUCGAUGAAGACGUGACAGACCUGAAGCUCCGUUACUACGAGCAACAGAUCAUUCUUGCAAACCAUGACUACAAGUAUCUGGAUGUUUGCAAACACUACCGCGAGGUGCUGGACACGGAAUCAGUGCAGAAUAACCCGGAGCAACUGCGAGCAGUACUUGCCCGAAUCGUCUACUACAUUGUCCUAUCUCCAUACGACAACGAACAGUCCGAUCUGCUGCAUCGCAUUCAGCAAGAUUCCAGACUCUCCUUAGUUCCUGUUGAAGCUCGCCUGAUCAAGCUCUUCACCGUCCCAGAGCUGAUGCGUUGGCCCAUGGUUGCUGAGCAGUUUGGUCCACAUCUCUGCAACACGGACGUGUUCAACGCGCAACCCAGUCAGUCCGCGGAGGAUCAGGCACACAAGAGGUGGCAAGAUCUCCGCAAGCGCGUCAUCGAACACAAUGUCCGCGUGGUAGCCAAGUACUACACUCGCAUUCAGAUGGGUCGCCUGACUGAACUCCUCGAUCUGACCGAGGAAGAGACAGAAAAGUACAUUAGCGAGUUGGUGACAUCAAAAACCAUCUAUGCCAAGAUUGACCGUCCAGCACGACUGGUCAAUUUCGCCAAGCCUCGAGAUGCCGAUGAUGUGCUUAACGAAUGGAGCAGCGACAUGAAGAGCCUCCUUGGGUUAUUGGAGCGCAUCGAUCAUUUGAUUACCAAGGAAGAGAUGAUGGCCAGAAUUCUUCCAUCCCGCGGGGAGAAGGGCAAGGCUCGUUGA